AAACAGUUACUGGACUUAAGCCUUACCUACCCAAGAAUGAAUGUCCUUGUGAUUGUUGUACCAUCCCUGAUCCAAAAGAUUGCACCAAGUUCACUCUUUGUAUCAACGGUAAUGCCAUUAAACAAACCUGUGCAGAUGGCCUUCGCUUUAACCCGAAAAUCGAAAAUUGUGACUAUGGCAGAAACGUGGACUGCGACCCUCCUUGCGACAAAGACUGUGAUGAGAAACCAACUCAACCUCCUGGGAAGCCAUGUGACAAAGAACCACCACCAGAGGGUGAAUGUGACUGUGACUGCUGUAUAAAGCCGGUGCCAGGUGACUGUGCAGCUUAUAUAAGAUGUGAAAACUAUCAGAAAUUUCAUGGUAGAUGUACAAAUGGACUUCUUUUCAACCCUAAAAUUAGCAACUGUGACUUCGCAGAAAACGUAGACUGUGACGAUAAACCAGAGCCUGACUCUAAGUGUGAUUCUAAAUCUGGUCUCUUCCCACACCCUAACGAUUGCACCAGAUUCAUUCAUUGUGCCAACUGGAGACCUUAUGUCAAGAACUGUCCAGCUGGAUUACAUUUUAAUAAAGUCUUGAAGAUUUGUGAUUGGCCGGAGACUGCUUGUUGCGAUGCCUGUCCAACUGAGCCAACAACGACAACGACCACAACAACCGUCGGUAAGCCUGACUGUGGUUGUGAUGGAUGCAUGACACCUCACGAGAAUGACUGCUCUGCUUAUUAUCGAUGUAGUAAUGGUCACCGAGAGUUACUAUAUUGCCAGUCUGGUCUUUACUUUAACAAACAAACCAAGGCAUGCGAUUAUCCUAAAAAUGUUCAGUGUGAAAAGUUCAUUUGCCCUAGCCCUGAAGGAAUGUUCAAGAACGAUGACGACUGUGGCAGUUAUUGGCAAUGCCAUAACGGAUAUCCUUACCUUAAGGACUGUAAUCCUAAAUUACAUUGGAAUGAAAAGACAAAGAGAUGCGAUUGGCCGUGUUUUGCCAAAUGUGAUCCAUCUGUUCCACCUUGUCCAACUGAGUCCACUAGCGUUCAAACAUCUCCUAAUCCUUGUGAAUGUACUAACUGUGUAACGCCACACCCCAGUGAUUGUUCAGCUUACUACCGCUGUAAGGAUGGAACUAGAGAACUCGUUUACUGCAGUCCUGGUUUGUAUUUCAACAAAAUCACCAAAGUCUGUGACCACCCAAAGAACGUUGACUGCAAUCACUUUGUGUGUCCAAGUAAAGACGGAAUGUUUAAGAAUGAAUUUGACUGUGGUACCUUUUGGCAUUGUUCACAUGGAAUUGCCUACUUGAAAGACUGUCUUUCUGGUCUACAUUGGGAUGAAGAAAGACAGAAGUGUGACGUGCCUUGCCUUGCUAAGUGUGAUCCAACAAGGCUUAAUCAAUAUGCUACCGACAUAUAUAUUUGA